AUGAAGUUUCCCCAAAGCUGCGAAGGCGACCGCGACCGAGCCCCCCCCCGCCGCCGCCGCCCGCCGGCCCUCCGCGCCGCCGCCGUCCUGCCGCUGCUGCUGCUGCUGCUGCUGCUGCUCCUGCCGCGGGCCGCCGCCGCCCCGCUGCCCGCCGCCGACUCCUCGGGGGAGGCCGAGCUGGAGGAAGCGGCGGGGCGGCGGGCGGCGCUGCCCGACAGCCUGCGGCUGGCCCGGCUGCUGCACGCCCGGGCGGCCCAGCUGAAGGAGGAGAUGUGCGAGAAGUUCACCGUCUGCGAGAACAGCAUGGAAAUGCUCGCCCAGAACCACCUCAACCUCCCCAAGGUGACGGAGGAAGAUGGGUGUCUGCUCGCCGGCUUCGAUGAGGAUAAAUGCUUGAGGAAAAUCUCCAGCGGGCUUUACACAUUUCAGACAUACCUUGAAUACGUACGAGAAACUUUUACUAGCGAAAAGGGAAACGUGGAAUUGCUGUGCUACAGUACAGAGCACCUGGCACGUACCAUAAGACAGAUGGUGAUAAACCCCAAUGAAGUGAUCAUCCCCGACCCAGCUACCCAGGAGUCGCUCCGCGCAAAGCUGAAGUCCGAUAAGACCUGGAUAGAGAAAAUCACCGUCCACCUCAUCCUCCGAGACUUUACUUCGUUUAUGGAGAAAACCGUGAGGGCCGUUCGCUAUUUGAAAAACACCAGGAGUUUCAGUGCCUGAAUGUUUUAAUUCAGGCACAGUCCUUUGUUACAAAUCUGUCAUGUGGCAGAUGACAGUGUUGUUCUGUUUUAAGAACCAGAAAGAGUAACAAUGGUUUGCAUUUAUAUAUA